UUUGUUUCGUAUUGAAACAAGAGCAGUUAAGUCAAUAAAGUGACUGUGUUCCGUAGACGGUUGCCUUGCCGGUGAGAGUCCGGGAUGGAGGGCACGGCCGUCGCCGAGGUCGAUGCUACCGCCGCUGAAGGAGGAGUAGAUGCAUGUGAUGCCGUUACUUCCGUUGCCGACUGCGGGAGCGGGGACGACGCAGUGCCGAUCGUCGGUGAGGGAGAAGCAAGUGGUGGCCGUGGCGGCAAAGAUAGAGUGAAGGGGCCUUGGUCUCCUGAAGAGGAUGCGAUACUCAGCCGCCUCGUGAGCAAGUUCGGGGCGAGGAAUUGGAGCUUAAUUGCUCGGGGAAUCGCUGGGCGAUCCGGAAAGUCUUGCCGCCUUAGGUGGUGUAAUCAACUCGACCCUUCCGUGAAACGCAAGCCAUUCACCGAUGAGGAGGACAGGAUCAUUGUAGCAGCCCAUGCCAUACAUGGAAAUAAGUGGGCAGCAAUUGCUAGACUUUUACCUGGGAGAACAGAUAAUGCUAUAAAGAAUCAUUGGAAUUCCACUUUACGGCGGCGAUGCACAGAGCUUGAAAGAAUCAAGUUAGAAUCUGGGAACAUGGUGGAUGAUGCUAGUUUAGAAAAAACCAAAGGAUCAUCUGAAGAAACCCUUUCAUGUGGAGAUGUCAAUUCCUUUAAAUCCUUGGAAGCGAGAGACGCCUGCUCACGGGAGCAUAUGGAUGACCAAUUUGAAGACAAAGUACCUAUUGCUAUUGAGGGUCAAUUUAGUCAUGAAGUCAAAGAACAGCCUACUCUUUUCAGGCCGGUGGCUCGAGUAAGUGCUUUUAGUGUAUACAACCCUUUGGAUGGGCAAGAGUCUUUGAGGGCAUUUUUACGACCUGUUCCGAUGCAAGGACCAUUAGUUCAAGCAUCAAAACCAGACGUUGAAGCUAGCAAAUUGCUUGAAGGUGUCUAUGGUGAUCGAUCAGUGCCCCAUCAAUGUGGCCAUGGUUGUUGUGAGAGUCAUAACCAGGGAUCUCCUGUAGACUCUUUGUUAGGGCCAGAAUUUGUAGACUUCUCAGAUCCUCCACCAUCCUUUCCCAGUUUUGAAUUAGCUGCAAUUGCAACUGACAUAAGUAACCUUGCUUGGCUUAAGAGUGGAUUGGAGAAUGGCAGUGUUAGAGCAAUGGGAGAUUCGGCUGGGAGAUUAAAUGGUUGUCAGAUGCAAAUGGGGCGUUUAUAAGAGACUUUUCACUUGGAAGUGGGGAAUAAUACGCUAGCCAGUAGCAUAUAUGAUUGAUUUUGACAAGGAUUGUUUAUGCUAUCCCUUCAGACUACAAGAAUGGACCUGGAUUUUAUUUGUGGCAUUGAUGGAGGUGUUUUCUUGCACACAGGAGAAACUUUUGGAGUUUACUGGAUCUGUACUUAGUGUUGUGAUAAGUUAGUUUUACUCUUUACCAGCUGUACAGCUUGUCUCAGCUGCUAGGAAUCGUGGAUGAAAGGAGGGAAGUAAAGUAACCUCGUGUCUAAGUUUCCUAAGUCCUUUCUUUUUUUGUCUCUGACCACAGAAUCUUUGUGGCAUUGAGAGGGCUAAAACUUUGUCAGCAACAUACUACCUGAAGUUUCUUGUAUCAUUCCAGCUGAUGAACGUUCUUGGAAGCUGUUCCUGAUGACUGUUCGAUGGAAAGGGUGAAUUGAAGCUACAGCCUUCGACGUGGUAGAGGUCCAGAGAUAAUUCUAACUGCUCGUUAGUUUUAAUUUAGCAUAACUAUAAAUCCUUUUUUAUGUGAUGGCUGAUGAUUGUCAUUGGGAUAUAGGUUGUUAUAAUUUUUAAAAAUUCUAAUGUUCAAUUUUGGAAUAACACGAUUGGUUAUUUUA